AUGGAAGAGUGCUGUAAUUUUCUGAAGAAAGGGUUAAAUUCGUCAAACUGCCUGAAAAUUCGAGCGAUCGCGGAUACUUAUGCAUGUCCAGAGCUCCUGCAAUUCACUGAGAAAUACAUCCUGCACAACUUUCGGGUUUGCUUCCUUGCUUCAAUUUCAGAUUUGGGGAGGACUUUGAUUUCUUUUCAGGACAUUUCUAAUACAGGAGAACUCAACCUACUAUCAGUUGACCAGUUAACUGAACUAAUUUCAAGUGAUGAGCUCAAUGUGCGAUCAGAAAAGCAGGUCUACGAGGUAGUGCUUAUGUGGGUCAAGUACGAUCUGCCAGCAAGAAAACAGUUUCUAUCAAAG